AUGGAUGGGUCAGCGCCGCAGAACUCUCGAACCUCGCUUUCGCAAAGUAACAUCGAACGCGGCUCGUUAGAGUCACAUCGGGAAAUUGAGGCGCUCCGAUGCGUCCUCCCGUGGCUGCCGCAGCGCGACCUGUGCGCCGCGGCGUGCGCGUGCAGGGAUCUCAGAACCGCCGCGUAUCAACCGGCGUUGUGGAAGUCUCUUUCCCUGCAAGGCGCCACUAACGCCAGUGCCAGGCUCGCGCAGGCGCUUCCGCAGCCUCGCUUCUCUCACCUGGAGCAUCUCAAUCUAGAAUUCGCCCAGCCUAUCACAGACGCGGAUCUUUUGCUGCUGGAGGGGAAGCCCCUCGUGUCACUCAAUCUCAACGCCUGUCAGCAAGUCACCGACCAAGGGGUCACCACUGCAGCUAAAUUGCUGCCUAACCUCCGCUCCUUCUCCCUCUACUGGAAUCUCAAAGUGACUGAUUCAGGAGUGAAGCAAGUGGUGCUGCGAUGCUCCUCGUUACAGUCACUCAACCUCAGUGGAUGCAAGAACAUCACUGAUACAUCGCUUCGCUUCAUUGCCAACUCGCUUCUGCACCUCAAGUCCCUCAACCUCACACGGUGUGUGAAAGCGACAGACACGGGUCUCAAGCACAUCACAGCGGGAUGCACCCACUUGGAAGAGCUGCUUCUCUACGCACUCUCCAGCUUCACAGACGAGUCUCUUGCAACCAUCGGCCAGCUAUCCCACCUGCGAGUGCUAGACCUGUGCGGCAUGAAGCAUCUGACGGACAAGGGACUGGAGGGCAUUGCGCGCUGCUCUCAACUCGUUUCCCUCAACCUCUCAUGGUGUGUGCUUGUAACAGAUCAAGGCCUCAUUGGACUGGCAUCCUCCUGUCCUAAUCUCGAGCUUCUAAGUCUGCACGGCAUAAGGGGUGUCACAGAUGCCGCCAUGUCUGCCUUCUCUGCCUCUUGCCAUACAUCCCUGCACACAUUGGACGUCAAUGGUUGUGUGGGAAUACAGGAACGUUCGCACGACCAUCUGAAGCUGCUUUUUCCACGGCUCGCGUCCUUUACGGUUCAUAAAUAG